UUCUGUCAAUCCCAGCCUUCCUUUCCCAAGGAAGGGACAGAACAAGGAAGUCCUUGUCUCUCCUUAAUAGGCAGAUCACCAUGCAGAGCCUUGGCAAGAAAAACCACAGCUCUGUGUCUGAGUUCAUCCUCCUUGGCUUCCCCAGUGAGGCACAGGUCAGAAUGGCCCUGUUUGCCUUCUUCCUUCUCCUCUACCUCAUCACCCUUCUGGGCAAUGGACUCAUCAUCAUGCUGAUCUACCUGGACUCACACCUCCAUAUGCCCAUGUACUUUUUUCUCAGUGUCCUUUCUUUGGUGGACAUGAGCUAUGUCACUACCACUGUGCCCCAGAUUUUGGUUAAUAUGGUAUGCCCAAGGAGGACCAUCUCCUGGGGAGCUUGUGUAGCCCAGAUGUUCAUCUUCUUGGUCCUGGGCAUUGCUGAGUGCGUCCUCUAUGCCAUUAUGGCCUAUGACAGGUAUGUUGCCAUUCACUAUACCCUACUCAUGAGCCAUUCCAUUUGUAUCAAGAUGGUCAUUGUCUGUUGGUCCAUUGGCAUCACUGGGGCACUGGUCUACACUGUCUUCACCAUGCAUCUGCCUUAUUGUGGCCCCUACAAGAUAAACCACUUCUUCUGUGAGGUCCCUGCUGUCCUGAAGUUGGCUUGUGCAGACACAUCUUUUAAUGACAGGCUGGACUUCAUCUUGGGUUUCAUCCUGCUUUUGGUCCCACUCUCCCUCAUCCUGGCCUCUUAUGUCCGCAUCUUUACCUCCAUCUUCAGAAUCCGCUCAGCACAGGGGAGGCUCAAGUCCUUCUCCACAUGUGCUUCCCAUGUCACCGUGGUCAUCAUGUUCUAUGGGACAGCCAUCAUCAUGUACAUGAGGCCGAGUUCCUGGUAUGACCCGAAGCGGGACAAGAAACUAGCGCUGUUCUACAAUGUUGUCUCUGCCUUCCUCAAUCCCAUCAUCUACAGCCUCAGGAACAAGGAUGUAAAGGAGGCCUUUCUGAAAAUACUUAGAGUCAGAAGGACAGCUUAA